AUGGCAGUGCUGUCCAAAUCCGACGCCGUGUCUGGCGUCGCGUCGAUCGCUUCUGUGAUCGCACUGGCGAUUGCCAUCCGCGAACAUGGACAGAAGAAGGCGAACGCAGGUUUCCAGACCCAGUCCGAGUAUAUGACGCAGAAACAGGGCAGUCGCCAUCGAGUGGCAGUGAACAAGGACUUUUACCGCCGCUUUGUGCGUCUCUUCAGAGUGAUUGUGCCCGGUCCGUUCACGGCCGAAACGGGCUUUGCUGCGCUUGUAGCAGUGAUGCUCGUAGCACGCACGUCGUUUGACAUUCUCGUGCUGCACACGUUCACUGCUGUUGAACGAGCUAUUGUCUCCCGCUCACAGACGGAUUUUGUGCGCCACUUGCGGCGCUUUGUUGCUAUUAUGCUGCCCAUGAGUUGCGUCAAUAGUUUGCUCAAGUACGGCCACACGGAGCUCAGUCUGCGCUUUCGCACGAGACUUACGCGGCACUUGUACGAGCAGUACGUCAAGGGGUUUGUCUACUACCGAGUGUCUAAUCUGGACAACCGCAUUUCCAACGCCGAUCAGCUGCUUACAGUGGACGUGGAGCGGUUUUCCAACUCGGUUGCUGACUUGUACUCGAACAUGUCGAAGCCACUGUUGGAUAUCGUUCUCUACGCAGUGAAACUCUCGUCGACGAUCGGUGUCGAAGGCCCAGUGAUCAUGUUGAGCUACUUGAUCGUGUCAGGCUUCUUCCUCACGUGGUUGCGACAGCCGACCAGUCGCUUCACGAUCGCGGAACAACAGAUGGAAGGCAACUUUCGCUACAUGAACUCGCGGCUCAUCACGCAUAGCGAGGAGAUUGCAUUCUACAACGGCAAUGUCCGCGAAAAGCGCAUUUUGGACCAGUCGUUCAACCGCCUCAUCGAUCUCGUGCGCAGCUCACAGCAGUUUCGGUUCUCCAUGAGCGUCAUUGACAACGUGGUGGCCAAAUAUGCGGCAACGGUUGUCGGCUACGCUGUGUUGUCGAAGCCGUUUUUGGACAUGUCGAACCAGCGACUGGAAAACACGACGUAUGCAGACCGAAUGGAAGAAUACUUUCGAUCUGGAAAGAUGUUGCUGAAAAUGUCAGAAGCAAUGGGCCGUCUCGUGCUGUCCGGGCGCGAAUUGUCGCGCCUUGCGGGGUUUACAGCGCGUGUUGCGGAGAUGAUUGACGUUCUGUUCGAUCUGGACAAGGGAAAGUACCAGCGCACAAUGCUGAAAAGUGAGAGUGGGGACGUUGUGAGCGAAAGCAAAGCGCAAUCCACUUCAGCGGAAUCGCUUGGACUGUACCCGAACCAGGGCGAAAUCCGCUAUCGUGAUCAUGUCAUUGAGUUUGAGGACGUGCCACUUGUGACGCCGAAUGGUGACGUUUUGGUACCUUCGCUCACGUUUAAGGUUCAGUCAGGAAUGAACGUCGUUGUCGCAGGACCCAAUGGUUGUGGCAAAAGCUCGCUCUUUCGUAUUCUGGGCGAGCUGUGGCCAAUGUUUGGCGGUCGGCUGACGAAGCCAGAGCGCAACGGAUUGUUCUACAUCCCCCAGCGUCCAUACUUGACGCUAGGCACUCUUCGCGAUCAGGUUAUCUACCCUCAUUCGCUUCAGGAUAUGCAGGCAUGUGGGAGGACGGACGGAGAGUUGGCGCACUACCUUGAGAAGGUCCAGCUGGGUCAUUUGGUCGAACGCGAAGGCGGAUGGGAUGUCGUUCACGAUUGGGCAGAUGUUCUCUCUGGCGGUGAGAAGCAGCGUGUGGCCAUGGCACGCUUAUUCUACCACAAGCCUCAGUUUGCUAUCCUGGACGAGUGUACGUCCGCCGUCAGUGUGGAUGUUGAAGGGGCAAUGUACAGCUUCUGCCGCGAGCAGAACAUCACACUCUUCACUGUGUCGCACCGCAAGUCGCUGUGGGCGUACCACGAGUUUGUGCUCCGGUUUGAUGGUCGCGGCCACUACGAGUUCAAGAAAAUUGACAAGGCCGACGAAGCGUUCGGCUCUUAG